AUGACAGCCAUCAUUCUCCGCUUCGUCAACAACGUCAAACUAAAGGCAAAAUCACGCUCAGACUGGCGCAUCGGCCACAUUAAAGUCCCUGAGCUACAUUCCGCGGAAGAAACUUGGCUCCUAACAACACAAGAACGUCACUUCUCCGGAGAAUUGGGUUACCUGCGAGAUCCAACCGGAAAACGUCCAGCACUCGUCUCCCAACUGGAUUUAUUCAUCGGUAGCGACGGACUUAUUCGUUGCAACCGCCGCUUGGUAAACGCUCAAUUAAAAAGGGACACUAUUCACCCCAUUCUUCUUCCACAGGAAUCUGCCUUAUCCACACUCAUCAUUAUUUCUCAUCAUGCCCUGAUGCUACAUGGAGGAGUCAAGCUGACUAUCGCAUCAAUCCGUCAGCGAUACUGGAUUCCCCAAAUUGGCCAGAGCGUCAAGAAAUGUUUGAGAAAAUGCGUCAAGUGCAAUCGUGUUCGUGGAACUCCAUACGUGGCCGCAAAUCACGCUCCGCUGCCAGUAUCACGCUCUUCUUUUUCAAUUCCGUUUACAGGAACGGGCGUUGACUUCACUGGAGGUUUCAUCAUUUGCGGACCAAAAGAAGCGCCUAAAACAGACCGUACCGUGUAUAUCCUCUUCUUUACCUGUGCGUCAACCCGCGCCAUUCACUUGGAAGUAGUGGAAGAUUUUACGACGCUCUCUUUCCUUGAAGCAUUCCGUUGUUGUUUCAUCGCUCACCAUUCUCGUCCCGCCAUCAUCAUGUCCGACAAUGCCAAGACAUUCGAAAAAGGAGCAAAAGUCUUUCAAAAGAUUUGUCGCGACCCUCUAACUACCAAACAGCUGUCGGAUCAAAAGGUAGAGUGGCGAUUCAUCCCUAAAAGAGCCCCAUGGUACGGUGGUUUCUGGGAGAGACUAGUAGGAAUGACCAAGGAAGCCCUCUCAAAAAUUCUCGGCCGCACGAAACCCACCUUCAGCGCUUUUAGAGCCCUCGUCGCCGAAGCCGAAAUCGUAUUGAACGAUCGUCUUUUAAAGAAUCCAUCCAGCGUCGUCAAAAUCGACGACGAGAAACUUGACUCAACCUAUGGCGAGCGUCCCGACGAACUCAAGAAAGCCGUUUUUCGCCACGAAACUCUCCUUGGACAAUUCAAGAAUCGUUUCCUCGCAUCAUAUUUGCCUGCUCUUCGAGAAUAUCAUCAGGCGAUCAAGAAGAGUCAACCAACAGUAGUCAAUGAAAAAGACGUGGUCCUCGUCCAUGAUGAGAAACCACGCAGAGAGUGGAAGUUGGCCGUCAUUGAAAAUCUAAUCCGCAGCACUGAUGGCGAAAUCCAAGCUGCCGACAUCCGUACGGCGAAUGGGAAAACGAAUCGCCCCAUUUCGAAACUUUAUCCUCUCCAGGUGACUGAGCCGGCCAGCACUCCAACUGAAAUUCCGUCUGGUCCGGCCAUUGUUCCAGCACAUUCGCGUCCGGUCCGAAAAUGUGCCAAAAAGGCCAAAGCAGCUGUCAAAAUGAUUUUCGAACAGGAGGAGCAGCCGAGCAGCUACAUUUCCGGCCCGGGAAAAUAUUGUCAGAAAUCGUGCAUGGCAUCUAAAAUUCAGUUCUCCCCGAAAUGGAAAUAUUUUGAGCAAUUCAGAAGUUCUGAAAUUGAAAAUUUCAGAAAUGAAAUUGAGAAUGUUCUGAAUCAGAACACAGCACGAAUGGAUUCUAGUUUCACUCGCUUUUUCAGGAUUGCUAGCAGAAGCUUCAACCGCUUCGUCAUAGUUUUCUCUGGUCCUCAUUUCUAA